AAAAUAUAUAAUUCAUAGUGUAGUCCAUCUCAAGAAUCUCCCUUCUUUUAAUUACAAUAGACACGGCGUAACAAUCGGAUAUUCCAUGUGCUUUUCUCUUCUCCACACUCUCUAUAAAUGGUUGACUUUGCUUUAAUCCUUUGAUUAUUACUACUAAAAUCAACAUCAUGUGGAACUGCAUGAGAAACAGCAAAGUAUCAGCAGAAGAUACUGAUGAGAAUGAGCCGGUAAAGAGACGCUCUGAUGGUGAUCGUACAAGUGGAACUAGGAGGAUUAGGUUGGUGGUGAACAAGGAAGAGUUGAGAAGGAUGGUGAGGGAGAACGAUGCUCAGCAAUAUGCUUCUUUGGCGCAAUUACUAAAAGAUAUGAAGAUGAGAGAAAAGAGAAUGAGUGAGGUUGAAGAAGAACAUGAUGGAGGCAUGAAUUCUUGGAGGCCAGCUUUAGAAAGCAUUCCAGAGGUAUAGUUUUGGUGUUAUGAACAGUUCUAUGUAAACGGUGAAUGUAUUUUAUUUUUAUUUUUGUUGUUGUUUGACGUAUUUACGAGUAAGUUGUUGAAUUCUACGUGGUUUGUAAAUAUGACGUAAUUUGAGUAGUAUGCAGAGGUUCUAGGUUUAAACCCCAUUAGUCUCGGUUUGACUAGAAGAACUUCAGAGAUGUAAUAUAUAUGAAGGUAUCAUGUAAGGAGGAUUGUUCUAUA